AUGAGAAUCACGAAGUUGUUAUUCAACCGGAUUCGUGAAUUUAAAGAAGCUAAAAGGAUAAACUUGUCAUUUAGUGGAUGUGGUUUCUUAGGAGCUUACAACUUUGGAGCUGCAUAUUGUCUUUUCACAGAAUCUAAAAACCUCAUCUCACGAGUUGAUCGUUUUUCUGGAGCGUCAGCUGGUAGUCUUGUAGCGGCAUUAUGUGCAUUAACUCCAGAAAAAAUUGAUUCUGCUAUUGAAGCUCUUUAUUCAAUUGGCGAUGAAGUGCACUCGCUACCACUUGGAGCUAUGACCCCUGGAUAUUAUAUAAGCGAAAGUCUUUUGAAGCAUAUGAUCAACUUCUUGCCAGAAGACGUCUCCCCAGCUCAAAAUAAGCUUUUUGUUUCCGUGACAAAAUUAAACCCAGUGAAUAAUGUGCUAAUCAAUAACUUCGAUGAUCGAAACCACCUAAUGGACGAUCUGCUCCUUUAA